CCAGUAGAUGGUGCUAUGACACGUGACGCGCCUGGAAGGCGGAGCGGUUCAAAGGUCACGCGGAAGUUUUCCACUAGCACGCUUUUGCCAAAGGUGGUUUAAAUACUCGACCAUUCUAUCGAGUCAGCCCGAGAACAAUUGUCUUCAGGCCAACAUGGCGUCUUACACGUGCAUUAGCUGCCGGGUGGCGUUCGAGGAUGGCGAUGUCCAGCGUGCACACUACAAGAGCGACUGGCACCGCUACAACCUGAAGAGAAAGGUGGCCGACAUGCCGCCGGUCACCGCAGAGAACUUCCAGGAGAGGGUCUUGUCCCAGCGGGCCGCCGCCGAUCAGAAGCUGACCGAGGCUGCCUCCGUGGAAGGCUGCAGCAUGUGCAACAAGAAGUUCUCCAGCACCAACGCCUUCCAAAACCACCUACAGUCUCACAAGCACCAGCAGGCUGAGAGGCGAGCCCUGCUGGCCGCCCAAAGGGAGGUGGACAAGCUCAACGAGAAGAAUCUGGAAAAGGGGCUCGAUCCUGAUAAAACAGACCACGAUGCUCAGAACCAGGCCCUGCAGCAGGCCCUCAAGGAGCAGCAGAGGCCCGGGCAGGCCAAAACUAGUCAGGACAGGACGGCGAGGCACAAGGCAGAGAAGACGGAAAAACCUCCUCGACUGAUGUGGUUGGAGGAGCAGGCCAAACGGAGAGAACGGGAAGAGACAACUGCUGCAGAGGAAGAGGACUGGGAGGAUGUAGAUGACGACGACGAUGAUGAUGAUGACAUGGAGGAUGAGGAAGAUGACAGCAUGGAGGAGGAAGAGCCGCAGCCCCCCCCUGCUCUUCCGGGGUCCAUCCCUGUCACAGACUGUCUCUUCUGCUCGCAUCAUUCCAAGUCGCUGUUCAGGAACGUUGCCCACAUGACACACGUCCACAGCUUCUUCAUCCCCGACCUCGACUUCCUGGUCAACCUUAAAGGCCUCAUCCGCUACCUGGGAGAGAAAGUUGGCGCGGGGAACGUAUGUCUGUGGUGCAAUGAGAAGGGGCGCUCCUUUUACUCAACUGAGGCGGUCCAGCGUCACAUGAUGGACAAAAGUCACUGCAAACUGUUCACAGACGGCGACGCUGCUCUUGAGUUGGCUGACUUUUACGACUUCAGGAGCAGCUACCCUGACAGUGGGGAUGGGCAGGAAGCUGACAUGGAGGGGGCGGAACUUCCUGAUGACAACCUUCAAUAUGACGAUGACACUUUGGAGCUCACCCUCCCGUCAGGUGCCAGGAUUGGCCAUCGCUCCCUCAUGAGAUACUACAAGCAGCGCUUUGGAACACAGAGGACGCUGGUGAGCCACAACAAGAAUGCUGUGGGCCGUGUGCUGCGUCACUACAAAGCUCUCGGCUGGGGGGGCAACACAGGUAACAUGGCCUGGCAUCACAAGCAGGACAUGCAGUAUGUGCAGAUGAAGAAGUCCAAGUGGCUGCUGAAGAUGGGAAUGAGUCACAACGCCACCAAACAGAAACACUUCAGAGUCCAAGUCAUGUUCUGAGGAUACCAUGAAGGAACUUGAACUGUUGGCAACCAGCGAGAACACUUCACCAUGACAACCAUUUCAAUGGUAUCUAAUCAUACUGAAGUGCUGUUUAUCAGAAGACAACAUGAUGAAGUAGAAUAAAGGUCAUGCCAGGCUACUGCUGAGA